AACGGAGUUUACCAUAUUGCAUUAAGCCUUUGUCAUAUUUAUUGGCACUGCUCGUAUCCCCUCGUUUCAUGUCCGUGAAGUUUUGUAUGGAGGAACUUUCUUCAUGUGCGUGUCAGCUCCAUUAAUCUGGCGCAAGCUUGGACAUAACUGUGAUCAUCCGGAGUUAUUUUGCUUUUGGCACGUUAACACGUUUGAUGCUGAGAUGUUCGAAUGUGUACAGCAUGGAUUUUAAGAAGACAAAGUAUGGAAGAUUCAUGAACAACAGGGUCCCGUCAAGCAAAAGAUACCAGCCAACAGAAUAUGAGCAUGCUGCUAACUGUGCAACCCAUGCACUCUGGAUCAUUCCCAGCCUCAUUGGUAGUUCAUUGUUGUACUUCCUCUCUGAUGACCAAUGGGAGACCAUCACUGCGUGGAUGUAUGGCGCUGGGCUAUCUGGCCUUUUCAUCAUGUCCACUGUCUUUCAUACCGUAUCCUGGAAGAAAAGUCACCUCCGUAAGGUUGAACAGAGCUUCCACAUGUGUGAUCGCAUGGUGAUUUAUUUCUUCAUAGCUGCCUCCUAUGCCCCUUGGUUGAACCUGAGGGAGUUAGGACCCUGGGCGUCCCAUAUGCGCUGGUUGGUUUGGUUCAUGGCCUGUGUAGGCUCCGUCUAUGUGUUCUUCUUUCAUGAGAGGUAUAAGAUUGUGGAUCUGCUUUGCUAUAUAGCAAUGGGGACUGCACCUGCCCUCGUGCUUCUGUCUAUGGCUGAUCGGGAGGGCGUGUUAGAGCUUUCUGUGGGCGGGAUCUUCUACUGCCUGGGCGUGGUCUUCUUCAAGAGUGACGGGCUCAUCCCUUUUGCCCACGCCAUCUGGCAUGUGUUUGUUGUCAUUGGAGCGGGCAUACACUACUACGCCAUCUGGAGGUAUCUCUACUCCACAGAGGGCAAUCAGAUGAAAACAUCUAGGUGACAUGCAUUGCUGAGAGACUAGUCCUACAACAGCACCACUGACAACUGGACCUGAGGAUGGCCAGACAGCCUUUCAGGAGCAGGAGGGUGUCCUGAUAUUACACCUCCAUCUCCAACGAGCUGCUCAUUCACAGCCAACAGCAGACUUAUACAAGCAUUAGCGCCUGAUCACAAGUUGCCUUUGAAAUCUUCCACAUCAGUAGAAGAAGGAUAUAUUAUGUUACUGAAUCUUCAGUUUAAUUUUUUUAUAGAGCAGAUGAGUCUGUAAGACUCUUAAUGUUGAGCUAUGAUUAGCAGUUUGAUUUUGGAAGUGCAGCACUUUAAAGAAAAUAGAUUUUUUUACUAAAGAUGAACAAUGUUCGAAUGAGUCAGUGUUUACAAGCAAAAUUGGGAGUUUUCUAAAGUAGUUGUUUCAGUUGUUAUCCUCAGUCACUUACAUCACCUGCAGGCUUACAUAUCAGGUUUUAAUAGCACAUCAUGCUAAAUGAAACUGGAGAAAUACUCAGAAGAUUAGCCUCUACGUCUUUAAUAGUAAGAGAACUUAAUUCCCCUCGGUAAUUAAAAAAAAAAAACACAAAUGACUGACAGGUAAAAGGGUUGACCAUUCACUUCAUCAUAUUUUAUGUAUUUUACAUAUAUGAACAUUUCGGCUUUCUUCUUUUCCAUGUAUCCUCUAGCCUGGCAUCCAGCAGACAUGAGAAGUCAUUCUGUUGUGUUAGCCAAUCACACACAAAGGGAAUCCAAACCAUUUCAGGAGAUAUGACAAACAGCAAACAUUACAAGAAAGAGUGUGAGGGGGAAGAAAUGUCAAUCCUGUGACGUAUUUGAGGCUCAAUCUUCUGAUAGCCUAUUAAAUCUGACAACUACUGUGUAGUGUUUGUGUAAGGCUUUACAAACACUCUUGUGUAGCCUUUGUUGUUCUGUGGCAAUCAUAUGAAUUCUCUGUAUGCUGUUUUCAGUGUGUUUAUGAAGACAAUCACCUCAUGUUUAUGAUGUAAUGAGUGGCCAAUCAGCAAGGCUCCUGUGGUCAGUUACAAACUGUGUGGUGCAUUAAAAAAAACAAAAACAACUCUUUUAAGGUCAUUCGACUUUGGUCAAGGUCAUUCCACUCUGAGGCUUACUGUUGCUGAGUUCAGUCAUGCCUCAUUUUGCUGCAAUUCCACACUUGCUCCUUUGAUAUUCCUCUAUAACAAUAACACUAUCGUUAAUUUUAACUUGAGGUUCCACUAUACUCUGUACUGUUUUUCUAGUCUCAUUUUUUGAUCAUAUCUCUUAUAAUAGCAAAUCUUUUAAAAAUUAUACUCCAAUUACAACACAAGUUACUGAUUGAUAUGUUUCAUAGUACUGUAAGGAUCAACAUAAUUUUUAAUGAAAUUGUUUCUCAUUUUCAUUACCAUGGUAUGUUCCAUAGUUUCAUUAGCCAUUGUACUGUUUAAAAAUCUACAAUAUGUGAAUGCAUCAAAAAAAAAAAAAAAAUUGUUGAGACACUGGUCAGUAACAACAACGGGUACAAUAAAAUAUUGUAAAUUGUCAUAGAGGUUCUUACUCAGAAAUUCCCUUUAUUAUUUUUCUUUGUAACAGCUGUAAACAUCGACUGAUGUGAAUGCACUGUAACAGAGAGAUUCGUACACUGCAGAUGCACUUCCAUUUUUAUUCAUUUCCAGACACCAUUUACUGACAUUAUGUCUGGUAAGAGAAUCAUUUUGUUUAAUCACAAAGUUGAAUUAAAGACUGAGAAGAUUUUAGUCUUUAUAACCAUUGUUUAAUGAUUGUUGUAAUAAAUUACUGUGAUAACCGU